AUGGAAGACAAUGAUGCAAUACUCGCAAAGAAAUUACAAGAAGAAGAGUAUAAAAUAAACGAAGAUACCGAUUCUUUAGCUUUGGCGCGUCAGCUACAAGACGAAGAAGCUUUUGGAAGUAACGAAAAUCCGGACGAGCCAAAUCCUGAUCUUCAUGGUCUCUUUAUUGCUUUUGAUCAACAAUAUUUUUGGGGAAGCCUGAAAAGUGUUGAG